AUGUCCUUCUCAAGCAGUGAAUCGACCUUCUCAUCGACCCCAUUGUUGCCGACCAGCGUUCAGACUAGUUCACUGGACCAGACAUUAACCACUUCGUUGACCGAUGAAUCAACCACCCCAUGGACUUACUCACCCAGUACUGGCUCUGUUACCGCUUCCGAUGUGACAACUACCACUCCUCCCACCGAUGCAGUCACCACUUCCUCGACUGACUUUUCAGCUACUUCCUUGACUGAAGUAUUAACUAGUUCUUCGACUAGUACCUUUUCCACGCUCUCGACAGGUGACACUACUACCACCUCAACGGUUGAUGCCUCAACCAUAUUCACCACCUCUUCAACUGCUGGCUCAAUUGGAACCUCGAUUGGUGCACCAGAUACCUCCUUGUCCGAUGGAUUUACCACGCCCAGUACUACAAUGCAGCCAUCCACUACUGCGCUCCCAGGAUCUACCGUGGCAUUGAUUUCUCUUUCUUCGAGCUCUCAAUCAAUGACUGCAUCUCUCACUUCGACGAGUGUCGCCUUUGAUAGUUCUACUACCAUCAUGACUUUGGAGGCCAGCACCAUUGUCCCUUCAUCGUCAACAUCCACUGAAAACCCAAGCAUGAGUUCCGAGGCCCCAGUACAAGGCUCUAGCAGUGAAAGUAUUCUGGCCUCGUCGACCUCAGAGAUAACCAACGCAAACUCACUUACGUCGUCGAUACUUGGAAGCUCGACCAUGACGAGCUAUACAUUCCCUCAGUCAUCGGUACAAUUCAGCUCAAGCACGCCGAGUUAUAUUACAGCUCCUUCUACGAUGUCUUCUCUCUUAGAUACGAGUAGCUAUGUCACCAAUUCCCAACCUCAAACCACAGUUGUGAGCGAUACCUCAUCUUCCUCAGCCAUUGAAACUACCAUAUCUCAGAGCUCGACUAUGUCAAGUCUCGAGUACACAACAAUCGACUUGGGCAGUACCACGAUUACAGCCAGUAGCACCACAAGCGAAUUAUCCUCAGAUACGUUAAAUCCGACUGCUGGUAGUUCGUCUUCGUUAUAUACGGAUAGCUCCUCGAUGCCUCCCAGUAUAUACAGCGCUCCUAUGUCAGAUACAACCUCUGCCACUGAAUAUACAUUGUCAACUCCUAGUGAGGCUUCGUCUCUGGCACCCACCACGACUAGUGUCUAUGGGUCGACCACGACCAUGACCACGACCAUCGAGUAUAUCAUUACCAGUGUUACACCCGAGUCAACCUCCUCCCCAACGAUGGCUACUGAACUCACCUCUUCAAAUGACUACACUUCACAACCCACCAGCCAUACGGCAGAAACUACCUUCCCGACUUCAGCUACUGAUCAGACCACUGAGAUGUCUGCUAUCACAACCACUGACUCUGUAUCUUCAAGCAUCAAUUCUCUGCCAACUUCGACUGGUGUCGAGUCUACUCAAGUUACUUCAUCAACCUCCACCGAGAGGGAACCCCCCGGAUUGACAACUACCAGUUUUGCAAGCGACACGACCACAGAAGAGAGCUCUUCGUCGACAUCAGCUACUAAAGACACCACCGAAUCAGGGUCUGAGUCUUCUUCGACUACAACCAUAGAAACGACUGAAACCACAUUCCCUAUGACUUUUACUACGACGCACACGACCGAUCCGUCCACCUCCGAUCCUUCUACUUCUGAAAGUCCAGUCAUAACGUCAUCUGCCACUUCAGCCAUUUCAGCCACUGCCACCACAGAAAUGACGACUGUUGGAACAACGCAGUUCUUUAGCGACCCGCACGACUCCGAGCUACAUUACGACAGGCGAAUCUUCUUCUACCCUGGAAACCUCCUUGAGCACUGGGGCUCCAGUAACGAACCAUAUGACCAAUGCCUACUCAUCGACAACAGCCGAAAUGACCAGUGA